CGACCAAUCAGAAAGAUGAAAGAGUCUAGGGCGCGAACGCCAUAUUGUUCACGGGAUUUCCUGGUCUUAUCUAUUUCGAUUCUGUGAAUAUACCGCUUAAAUGCGGCUUCUGCAUAAUCAUUCACUUCAUGGCUCAAGAGACUCAGCAAAAUGAACUUCGUGGAUCUAUUAGCCUACGAAAUCCUCAACUACAACAUCCGAACACACUAGCAAUUAUCAAUAAUUACUCGUCUUCUGGAGAAAUUCACACCAUCCAGAUAUCCAGUUCCUCAGCUAAAUUGCCUACUGCAACAUCCAUCUGUUCCUUGUCAGCAAAUAAUCAACCCGUUCAAUACAUUGGACCGGAGGCCAGGACUUUAUGUGUUCCUGUUUGUAGUGCCCAUUCAUCGUAUUCCCAUUCGAUUGUUCAUCGUGCAUCUCCUAACUUAAAUGUCGGGUAUAAUCCUGGAUCAAUGACUCAUGCUCAUUGCAGCACUCCUGCCAGUCAGCCUGAUAUGCUUGAGACGUUGCUAUCCAGGAAUGUAUAUAAUACACAGAUUCAUGCACAGAAUCACUCUCCACGUGUUCUCGGUUCGUCAAUAGUCGUGACUAACAUACAAAGCCAGAACUCUUCAGUAAUGAGUAGUCCUGCCAAUAUUCGUAACGUGGCUCCUGUUUCAAGCACUCACCCAGUCGGUCAAACAUAUACGGCUACUACCAGUGCCCCUUCCGUCGUUGCAACAGAUCCAGAAAAACGUCACCUCAUCCAGCAACAGUUGAUUUUAUUACUUCAUGCCCGCCGUUGUCAGCGCCAAGAAGAUGAGAGCAACGGACGAAUUAGCCAAUGUACGACACCUCAUUGCAACACAAUGCGCGGAGUUUUACAACAUAUGACUUCAUGUACACAAGGUAAAAAUUGUCAAACACCACAUUGUGCUUCCUCUCGUCAAAUCAUAUCUCACUGGAAAAACUGUAACAAUCGAGAGUGCCCUGUGUGCGAACCAUUAAAGCAGGACCAACACUACCAACGUAAUCAAGUGAUACGUCCACCUCAGAAUUCAACUCAGGUACAUGCGGUCUCAAACCGCGUCCCCGAGGUAAAUGGUGUUGACUGCAGUCCUCAUUCAUGUGUCGCUCAGCAACCACCCAGCCAAACCUUUCGGGUAACCUCCAUCUCCAGUGUUCCUGUCAACACAGUUGCCACACGAGCACCGAGUUCAGUCAUCCCCAGUACUCAGAUCUCAGAUGCUUCAAACUUGAAUGGUGUUAAUAAUCAUGUAGCAGUUAAAUGUACAUCAAGCGAGCAAAAUGACUGGCGAAAAGGUGUGGAUAUACCUCAACGAAAUAAUGUCGUCCGCCGAAUUGUACGCUUCAUUUUCCCGUUUCCGGAUGCUUCUGCCUAUUCAGAUCCAAGAAUGCGAAAUUUAAUCCAAUAUGCCCGUAAAGUUGAGGGCGAAAUGUAUGCUACUGCCACAGAUGUUGAUCAUUAUUUUCAUUUGUUGGCUCAGAAGUGCUACAAGAUUCACCGUGAGCUAGAUGAAAAACGUAAAAUUCGCCAGCUUGCAGCAGACAAUUCAGUAGGGAGUUCUCAAUCCGUGGUAACCUCAUCCGCUGCUGUUAACUCAUCGCAACUAAAUCAGAGUUUGUCCUCGUUGUCUAAUCAGUUGGCUUCACCCUCCAAUUCAGUUUCUUCUACAUUGGGUUCUUGCUCAGCAAACAGAGUUCCGAACUCCAAUAUUACCAACGGUAACUAUAACGCUUCCUCAACUCAGAGUUAUGAAAUGAAUUCAUUUGCAACUCAGGAUUCAAACAACUCGGAAAGUGACAUGUCAAGAUUCGAACACUAUCUACAAAAUGCUUGCAAUCGUCAUCGUUUCAAGUCAGAUUCAGGAACCGCAGGAUCUUCCGAUUCACCCAUUGUUUCCUCAUCAGUUACAAAUUUGAGAACUGCUACAUCACAGCCUAGUAUCAAAUCACCAGUAGAAGAUACCAAAAUGAUCAGCGCUCCAGCUAUAGUCACCUCAGGAGAUAGCGUCCCUGAUAAAAACAAAAUAGUGAAGGCUGAAAUGAAAGCUGAGGAAACGCCAUGUAACGAUCCACCAGUAAAUCAUGAUUCAUUUUCUGUUGACACUACAUCAAACAUUAAUUCAAGUAGUGUCCCAUUAGCUUCAAAUAUGUUACCUGUAAAACCAGAUGAAAGCAAAUGGAAAAAGUGGUCACGGGAAGAGCUUCUGCGCCAUUUUUUGCAGUUGCAUGAAGAAGUAUACAAUGAUAAGUAUGCAGAACCUUUCCGUGCUCCGGUUGAUCCAGUGAUGCUUCAUAUACCAGAUUAUUUCCAAGUUAUUAAAGAACCCAUGGACCUUACGACUAUUCGAAAUAACUUAGAGGAUGGUAAAUACACAGACCCAUGGCAGGUUGUGGAUCACUUUCGAUUGAUGUUCAAUAAUGCAUGGCUAUACAACAAAAAAACCUCCAAAGUUUAUAAGAUGUGCACUAAGUUGGCAGAGCUUUUUCAGAGUCGCAUAGACCAAGUUAUGCAAGCAAUGGGGUUUUGUUGUGGUCAGGAUUAUGAGUAUCAACCUCAGGGUUUGUAUUGUUCCUCUUCAAAUUUAUGUACAAUAAACCGAGAUGCUACCUAUUUCGUCUAUAUAAACAAUGACAAACAAAUCGGUCUCGUAUGUGAUAAAUAUUACCAAUGUGAAAAAUGUUUUAGCGAAGCCGGGGAUGUAAUUAUAUUGGCUGACGAACCAAAUCAGUCUAUCCCGAUUAAGAGAGAAAUGUUUGAGAAGCGAAAAAAUAAUGUAAAGGAAAAAGAAGAAUUUGUUAUUUGUGUGGAAUGUGGCAGACGGUGGCACAAGGUUUGCGCCUUACACAUGAAUGAAAUCUGGCCAAGCGGAUACGUUUGUCCUGGUUGUUUGCGGGAGCGCGGUGUAAAGCGAAAAGAAAAUCGGUUCACUGCUAAAAAAUUGCCCGUAACGCGCUUGAGUAAUUUCUUGGAAAAGCGUGUUAACGAUUUCCUCAAAAAGAAAGAAGUUGGUACUGGAGAAGUUACUAUUCGUGUGUUGGCAAGUUCUGACAAGGUUGUAGAAGUUAAACCUUUAAUGCGUGCAAGAUUUACUGAAAGUGGCGAACUGUCAGAAUCAUUUCCUUAUCGACUAAAGGCUGUUUUCGCUUUUCAAGAAAUCGACGGACAGGAUGUAUGUUUCUUCGGUUUGUAUGUGCAAGAAUAUGGUUCAGAGAGUCCUCAACCCAAUCGUCGAAGGGUUUAUGUUGCAUACCUGGAUUCAGUUUUCUUUUUCCGACCAAAACAGUAUAGAACAGAUGUGUAUCAUGAAAUUCUCGUUGGUUAUCUGUUGUACGCAAAGCGAUGUGGUUAUGCGAUGGCACAUAUAUGGGCUUGUCCACCUGGUGAAGGCGAUGAUUAUAUUUUUCACAUGCAUCCUACCGAACAAAAAAUCCCCAAAGCUAAGCGAUUACAGGAGUGGUACCGCCGCAUGCUUCAAAAAGCUAUCAUAGAAGGAAUUGUGGUCGACUACAAAAACAUCCUCAAAGAUGCUUUAGAUCAUCAACUUGUGUCGCCUACGGAGAUUCCUUAUUUUGAAGGUGAUUUUUGGCCAAAUACGCUUGAAGAUAUUCUUAAGGAACUAGAAGAGGAAGAAGCCCGUCGGCGCCGUGAAGAGGCGAUGGCUCAGGCAGAGGCUGAAGAUGAUGAGGCAGAUUGCUCAAGCUCUACCAAUGAAGGAUUAUCUGGAGAUCCUGAUAAACGCAGUGGGAAAAAGAAGGCGAAAAAACGCAAGGGUAACAAAAAGGGCAAUACAUCUACUGCAAGUAAACGAAAGCGUCUAGAUGGUCCAAUAGAUGGUGCUGAAGAGCUUUCACGGAAAGUGUAUGAUACCAUGGAGAAAUUGAAAGAAAUAUUUUUUGUGAUACGGCUUCAUCGACAUAACUCGGCUGCCUCACUUCCGCCAACUACUGAUCCUGAUCAACCUGUACAUAGUGAGCUUAUGGAUAGUCGGGAUGCGUUCUUACAAAUGGCUCGGGAAAGGCAUUUAGAAUUUUCAUCUUUGCGUCGUGCUAAGUAUUCUUCUAUGGUCCUGUUGUAUGAACUACAUAUGGAGUUACGUCAAAGCUUUAUUUUUAACUGUAAUGUUUGCGGUGCUCAGAUCGAAACGCGAUGGCAUUGUAAUGAGUGUGAAGAAUAUGACUUGUGCUCUCGUUGUUAUAAGACAGAAAAUCAUCCACAUCCUAUGGUUCAGUAUGGUCUUGGCAUAGAUGAAGAUUCAGGCUCAAAUGAAGAAGCAGGUGAUAGACCCAGUGGCACUGGUGCCACACCUGAUCGUCGAAGCAGCAUAGACGGAUGUAUAAGGUCCUUACUUCAUGCUUGCCAGUGCCGGGACGUAAACUGUCGCAUGCAGACUUGUGCUCAGAUGAAAAAAGUUUUAUGCCAUGCUCGAAGCUGUACCAAAAAAGCAACCAAUAGUUGUCUGCUUUGUCAACAGCUGUUGUCACUGCUAUGGCACCACGCUCGAAACUGUGUCGAUUCUAAGUGCCCUGUUCCUUUCUGCUCAAACAUAAAGUAUAGAGUUAAACAGAAGCAGUUGCAGCAGCGGUUGCAACAAAAUAAGUUGCUCAGACGUCGUAUUUCUACAAUGCAUCGAGGAGCACUCCCAACUAGUGAAUCACAGCCUCCGACACAAAGUUGUCCUACAUCUGUUGUAGCGUCGAUUUCUUCUAGUUCUUUGAAUCCAAGUAGCAUUAAUUCAGUACGUCAAACUCAGUCUCCCAAUCAUCAGUCUCUGAACACAAAUGCAGUGAGAAACCCACAGUUAUCCACUCCUUCCAACUCAAUAGAGAAGCCUCCGAGUAUUACUACUCCUGUGAGUUUUCAGACACAAACUCAGGUACAACAACAAGGUCAAGUAAUGGUUCCUGUAGGAACUCCUCAAUAUCCACAGCCACCCCGCGUACAAGUACCAACUGUCGUUUCUCAGAACAAUCAGAGUGCAAACCCACGACCGCCUGUUGUAUGUUCUUCAGUAAUGCCUUCUGGAGGUCGUGUCAUGAUGCAACCACCAAUGAAUACAUGCCCCGUACAACGUCCAAAUGCUCCUGUUACUGUCUCUGUUACCUCAGGUUGGCGAGCUCGCCCAGUAAUAACAGCUACCGCAUCUCAAGGUACAAUCCAUUCGUCUACCGGACAGUUAAUACAAUCACCAGCGCAGCCAGCUUCUGCAACCUCAACUCAUUCAUCUGUGUCUGUUCUUAAUCCUGUUAAUAGUCAAAAACCAGCAAUAACCAACAAACCUACACAAGGCGAGAUAGACCAUGUUAGUCAAGUAAUCAGUCUUAUUAAAGCCUCUGGAUCUUCAAGUGAUGAGCAAAACCGUCGGUUUAUCGCAUGGAUCAAACGUCAUCCCGAGUUCCAUGCUGCCUUUUUCGCUUUACACUCUCAACAUAAACAACAAGCUGAGCUACGUGCCCAAGCAAGUCAAAGACGUGUAACUACCUCGGGAAGUAUACCGGGCACAUCGUCAUUAUCUACGAGUUCUGCAAUUGCAACCUCCUCGAUAUCUGAUGCCUCCCAAUCACUUUUAGGUUCCAGUGGGGUCUCGGGUAACGUCGUUAUUGUUCCAUCAUCUGUAUCGGCUAAUUCAAAUCACCAGAACACAGGAUUAAAUCGAACCCAAAGUAUAAAUAGUCUUUCAACACCCAUGUCGUCCAUGCCUGUAGUUACAGCAUCAGCAUCUUUAGGUUCCACUCCUACGGUGAUGCAUCAGCCUGUUCAAUGGAUCUCUAUUCAGUCCCCAAUCACUACGAAUCACCACCAACCUUUAAUUACUGGAUGCACUGCACAACCAAUUCAAGCUGUCUCAAACACUACAACUUUGCGUUUCCGAGCAGUUCCAGGUACUGCGACAUUGGUACAAUCACAACCGCAACAAGUACAGCAUUUCUAUAAUACGACUCAACUUGGUCCAGAUUCUGGGUUCAGUGGUAAUGAAUCUGGAUCCAAUAUGUUUGUUUCAGCCACUGGUUCCAGCAUACUCUCUGUAGGAAAUCAGCAAUCUCAAGUUCUUAGUGCUGUUCCUCAACGCUUAACUCCAGCUUCUAGUUCAAAUAUGGGUCGUCAAUCCUCUACACCUCAAGCGGCCAUUGUGCACUUUAGGUCACAGCAACACCAGUCCUUGAGUGGUACAGUGAAUCCUAUGCAACCUCAUAUAAUCCUUACUAAUACAAACGCUCCUGCAAGUGGUCCGACCCAUCUCUCCCACCAGUCCCAAUCACAGCUUGUUUCUGCAACUUCCAAUGGUCGUCAGGUUGUUGCUUUGAUGACUCACCAAAAUAUUCCCCACACAAAUGUUUCCGAUCCAGGAGUCUCUUUACGUGAUUCUGGUUCCAGUAAUUCUGCUAAUAACCUUGGCAAUGGCAUACAAUGAUUUGUCUUUAAACGUUAAACACUUUCAUGUUGCUGGCUGUGUAAGUAAUUUUAAAGUCGUUUUUGAGCUGACAUGACAUUGUCAUGUUGUGCUGUAUUGAUACAAGUGCUAGUUAAUUUGUCCAAAAUUGCACAGAUGAAAACAUUUUUGCGAAUUGCUGGCUCAAACUACUAUUCAGGGAGGGGAAUGCUGAUAAGUGCUCCAUGUUCCUUCACUACAAAUUUCGUGGUUCCUUAAACCCUAACGUCGCAUUUAUGUUAAUUUUGAUUCCUGAAUUUCCAAGCCAGUUGUGUGCAUUCUUUCACUUUGUUCCGGUGGUCAUUCACUGUUUGGUUGCUGCGCACAUUUUUGAUAUAUUUUCUAGUAGCCCCUCCAUGCUCGGCAGUGCUUGCACAUUAACUGAAUCCAUAAUCCCCGAGGAUAUUCGAAUUAUUUUCCCCGUUGUCUUUAUUUCCUGUUUUUCGAGGUCUUCGGAAUAAAUUUCCAACUUUAUCAGAUCUUUUACAAAAUUCACUGCUAACAAAUGAUUUGUUUACUUUUAGAUUCAAAUUUUGUUUCUUAUCUAAAUGUAUGAGCUAAUCUUUUGUGGCGCAUAUUUUUCUUUCCUUCAUCUUGUAUGAAACUAAGAUGAAGUGUGUUAUAUAUUUAUCACUGUAUACAUUUAUUUCGGUUUUAGAACUGGGCUGGUUGCGCCUCCAUUUGUUUAAAAUUCCAAGAAAUAGUUUAACAUUGCCUUUCCCCCCAAACGUCUUUGUUAAAUCUUCGGGGUAAUAUAGACUUAUGUUGUAUAUAGCCGAAGAAAUUAUUAAUCUUCUUGAUGCUCUUCUCUGUUGCCUAGCUUUGUACAUGCAACACUUUGUGCAGUUCACAUAUUUUCUUCCCUCUAUCAAGUUCCUUCCCAUUAUAGUAUAGUAUAGUAACUUUGCUUAUGUAUAUGCUUUUAAGAUCCGGUCUGUUGUCUUUUCACUUACGUAUUUCAGUCGAUUUGUCUUUGUACGCAUGAAAUGCUCCUGCUUAUAGGUUACCCACAAAAUUACUUUACUCUGUCUUUGUAAAUUAUUUUCUCUUUUUAUUAAGAGUUCUAUUGUCUAUUAUGUCUUUUUAUGAAAUUGAAAGCUGGAUAAUUGGAUUAUGU